AUGGGCAACGGAGGAGGGAGGACGUGGAGGGAUGGGAGUUUGGAGAUUGAAGAUGAUGCGAUCCGAGCGCGAAAGAGUCACUCUGUUCGAUCGUCUAAAUCACCAGUCCCAUCUUCACCGGGGUCUCCAGCUUACAAUGGACUGCCGACCCUGCCUACCAUACCCGAUCCCGACGAGGAUACGGGUGACGCGAUCCCCUCGUCAUCCAGCAUCACUUCUAGACCUCCCCCACCCGCUGCGUCGACUCAGACAGCAUCUGGUCGGCCAUUGCAGAGAAAACGUCGAAGUAGCAGUAUCAAACGGAAACCAAGUCCUGGAGUCACGCCAAAGAAUGUAGUAGAUUGGGAAAUUCCACGCAAGACGCUGCACUCCUCGAUUGGGUUCUUGACUUUGGGACUUUACUACCUCGAUCCCAAAGACCUCACAUUGCUUCUUACGGUUCUUUCGACAGGACUGAUCAGUGUUUUCACCAUUGAUCUGGCCAGACUUCGCUUUCCAGUCUUUGCAGAGCACUGGGAAUCUAUCGUCGGUUUCCUCAUGAGGGAGCAGGAGCGCUCGCGGAUCAAUGGAGUAGUCUGGUAUCUGAUGGGAGUUAUCACUGUGCUUGCAGUUUACCCUCGGGACGUUGCCGUCAUCUCCAUCUUGACCCUGUCCUGGUCAGACACCACUGCGUCGACGAUUGGUCGGCUAUGGGGAAAAUACACGCCUCCUCUCCCGUCCCAUUUCCCGGGAGUCCAGCAGCUUCGGUUCGCGCCUCGAAAAUCGCUCGCGGGCUUCUUAGCAGCGACCGUUACAGGCAUCUUGAUCUGCCUCGGUUUCUGGUGGCAUGGCAGUCAAGGUCGAUGGCUCUUGUUGGAUGGAACGUGGCCAGGCUUACUGAGUACCGCCGUGAUUGUUGGGAUAGGCGGGGCGAUCGCCGAGGCUAUGGACCUCGGCCUCGAUGACAAUCUCACGCUCCCCAUCAUCAGUGGAGCCAUGGCUUGGGCUUGGCUCGGCGCCACCAACCUGUUGCUGAAGUAA